AUGGAACUUUCCCCUUCAUCUCAGUCUGUCUUCUUAGUUGAACAUGAUUAUAAAGCUGGAGGAAACAAUCACAUGAGUCAGGAUGAUGAUAGUGGAGUGAGAUGUUCUAAGGAGCCUCCGGAUAAGGGAUAUUACUCUGAUACUGAGGUUUCUUCAAGUACAGAUGGUUUUCAAAUAGACUUGUACUCAGCAACCUUUGCAAAUCAUAAGGCUAAGCAAGCAUUGCAGGAGCAAGUCCCACCUCAGUCAGUUGUGGAUUUCAAUGCAAUUACUGUCUCAGCAGAGAGGAAAGGAGGUUCCACUCCAAGUCUGUCAAUUAUGGCAGAAUUUAAUGAUUUUAUUAACUCUUUGGGGGUUGCAAGACUCUGGUUUCUGAGGUUCUUAGAGGUAGAAGAUGAGAUUGCGAGGUGCAGGGUAAGUCACUUUUAUGACCUCUACAUAUCGGAAAUUCAUCAACUGGAGGAUGAGCUUUUUUCUGUUAUACCAAAUUUGGUCACUAACAAGGACAAUAAUAUGCUUAUCUCUCCAAUUUCUCUGGAAGAGCUAAAAGGAAAAGGGCCUCUCAUUUUAAAGGCCAUCGGUGUUCCUAAUGUCUUUCCACUUAUUUUUGAUUUAUUGGGAAAUGGAGGUUGGGAAUUAGAAGGCAGAAACUAUUUGGAAACAGGUGGUGCCAUCUAG